GCACAGAUAAGCAGAGCAAACCAGUCAUCUGGAAAGAAGAGUUGAGAAGGUGUUAAAGCAGCUGCUUGCAAUGGCAUUUGGAAUGCUAAUCUAUAUUUUGCUGAAAGUAAGCAUCUAUUUGCAUUAUACAGCAAUGGGGGCACUGAGUGAAGAGUCAGCUAUUACCAUUUCAUCCCUCAGCACAGAAUUAUGGAAUAACUGGACAAAAAACGAUACUGAAGUAGACUACACAGAGCAACCAAGGCUCUUGAAGCUUAUGCAAGCCUGUCUUGAAGAACAUCAUAGCUAUUGUAUUAACGGGCUCUGUGCUUUUCACAGUGAACUGAAGAAACCCAUAUGCAAGUGCCUUGCAGGUUAUAAUGGAGAGAGGUGUGAACACUUAACACUAAAUUCCUAUGCACAUAAUUCUUAUGAACGCUACAUUGCUGUGGGAAUUGGUAUAGGAAUACUGACCAGUGGGAUACUUGCUAUCAUCUACUGCUACGUAAGAAAGAGAUGCAGAAAAUUGAAAUCGCCUUACAAAGUCUGCGUGAGUGAGACUGCAUUGUGAAGACCUGUCAUUGGGACAUUUACCAACUUGUCUGUAAACUAGCGAAGGUUUCGAUUUGGGAGGCCAUCCUGCACCAUCUAGCAGGUAUCUCAGCCUCACUGAUGAGGCGAGAUAAAGGGAAUGGCACAGCAUGGGCAUAAAGGAACUCCUGUAGAACUGAUGGGCUCCAUUCACUUUUGAAGAAAGAUUUCUAAUCUUUAAUAAAGGUUGCUAUACGAGCAGCUCGCAUCAGCUGAGGAUACUUCCAGCCUUCUCAGCACUCUCCUGUGGUUCACAUUUGCUGAGGGAAGGACUGAUUUGUUUUAGUCAUUUCCAGUCAUUUCAAGCCCUAGCAGAGUAUUCUGGCCUGGUCUUCUUCCCACUCCUCCUCCUUUCCUUUAUUUUUUCCUCUGGUGGAAAAGCACAACCUGUCUCAUAAUGGAAUUGUUUUCUGAACAUCACAUGCUGACAAGGAGCCACCUGAGUUCUUCUUUCACAAGCUCUGAUGCAUAUGUGCCUGGAUCAACAGUCCUCUUCCAAUACUGUACGUAUCUCCAGUGGACUAAGCAGAAUAUGGGCUUUCAUUGCCAUAUGGACAAAAUUGUAAAACGCUAAGGAAAAUAUAUGGUCCUCAGAGACUUACGUAAAAGUAAGAAUAAAAAUUAAACAGUUUCUGGAAAAUCAGAUCAUGAGAUCUCAGGGCAUUGCAAUUUCUUUCAAUUUUGACAGGCAAAGAAAUUAGAUAUCUUUAUCCAAAUGGAUAUUGAGUGUGCUCGCUGACAAAGAACUUAUAUAACAGCUCAUCAGAGACUCAAAACCAUCAGGCAAAACAUUGCCUUCCUGGACCAUGAUUUCAGACUAAGACUCCAGUUGCAAGGGAAGCUGAAUUUUUGUUAUGAAACUCCAAUAUAGCUUUGUCUAGGAAGCAAACUCACUCUACUCCAUUCUCACAGUAUGUGCACAAUAUCACCACUGAAAUAAGAAAGAAAUCAUAGAAUGGCAAGGUUGGAAGGGACCUCUGGAGAUCAUCUAGUCCAACUCUCAGUGUAGCCCCAUACGGGGAUUGAACCUAUGACCUUUAGCAGCACCACGCUCUAAUUAACUGAACUAAACCUGCCCAUGUGACUGCAGGGAUUUUGUUCUGCCCUCUCCUGACAGACUACUUAUUAGAUACUUAGGGUUUUGAGGUUAGUUGAUUUAUUUGUUUUUUACCUUGCCUGUGCAGAAACACCAAGGAAACACUAAGAGGAAGGAAGAAAAUUGGUUCUGAAGACUGUGGCGCUAACUGUGGUUUCUCACUGAUGUCUGGAGUAUUUACCAGUGCUGAUGAGACUGGCUUCAAGAGAUUUUCAUUUCUACUACUGCACAUUAUAGACACAUCUGUUUUGCUUAGUCAUCUAUGAGAAAGCAGCAGUUAGGUACCUCAGAAACCCUUGGAAUUCAUAUGGGUUAACGUCUGCUGCUGAGUUUGGGUGCCUUUCUCUAAAACUAAGUUUGUUGGUGAGCUCACUUUUAACAAAGGAUGUGCAUCAUUUGUUUAAAAACCUGAGUAUUUGUGAGCCUUUCAUGGUAAUGGUGAAAUGUGUAUGAAUGACUGGGGGCUUGAAAGGGGAAAUGCACAUUUAGCACUUCAGUGGUCUGAUACACUUGGCUUCUCACACAGGGGGAUCCUGGUCAGUAGCUGAGUUGUCUCAAUUCUAGAUUGAUACUAAUAAAUAAUAACAUGUCACACACUAUGUGGUUGGACUCCGUGUGCAACACAGGAGCCAGCAGCAAGCGCAUACAUUGAAAAGACUGUUGGUGAGGAGCUGAAUGGAGAUACAUGCCAGUCCUUUCCUUCAUGCAUUGACAUGAGCAUUUUCCACAAUGCAUUGAAUUGAUUUCCCAGCUCUCAGCCUAUUCAUUUUUUUCCGUCUCAAGAUAGAUCUUCAGAUCUCUGUCUUGUUUGUCCCUUCCAUUCUCCUGACCUCGUCCUUUGUACCUACUGGAAGGCAAAUUCUGCACUCCUUAUUUUUAGGUCAGGUUUCAAUAGCUGCCCUCAUGUAUUCUGUGUUAUAUAUAAUGUAGUGAGAGUACAAUUAGAUCCUAAUUAAAAUACACACAUACAUACACACAUGCAUAUACAUACGCACACACACUCUGCUCCCCCUCACUUGACAGACACUGCAGUGAGAUACGUAUUAGAAAUGUGCAUGUAGUGAGGAUUCUCACACAGGUGAGAGAUUUUUUUUCUUGUCCGUCUCCCAUAGCUAGAUAGACUGAAAGAGAAAAAGCCACAAAACUUUUGGCAUAUGGGCAGAUAUUCUUACCCGAGAGAGUUAUCUCUUCCUACACUCACAUUGUAAGUGUUGCAUUCAAUUCUAGUGGAACAGUCCUUGGGCACCAAAGAGGCUGUUUCUUGGAGGAAACACACAGAGAAACACAACUUUUUCAGGGCUUCAGGAAGUACUUACUGAUUACAAUCAGGUGCUGUGUACCAAAAGAAACACACACUGACUUUUUUUUUUUUAAGGUUGGUUAAACAUACAAACAUUUGGAGGCCUGAAAUGCAGACACUUAAAUAGUGGGGAGUUUUUCCAGUUUGUUUUCUGGUGCAAGGCAGCUCUGGAAAGGCUUUCUGUCAAAGUUAGCUGUGAUUUUUGUGCUAACUGAAGAAAAGCUCAUGAGGGAAAUACCAGAUGAAUCCAUGUCAUGCAAAAUGGACUUUGACAGUAUAUGUGUAAAAGGAGAUGAAAAUGGAAGAAUAGAAGGAAGAAGAGAAAUGAGAUCUUUGCUUUAUUCUUCUGUUUUCUCUUUUCAAGCAGUAUUGAGGCUUUCAAAAAUGGGUUCCUCACCACCAUGGUGCUGUAUGUUCUAGGUACUAAACCAUGACGUUUGAGCAGAUUGCCAUCUCCAUAGACAUCCAGGGCUGGUGGCACUGAUGACUGCUUUCUCCAUCA